UCUGAAGUUGCUUGUAUUUGAUCAGUGACUGGAGCGAAGUAAGUAGCCAGCAAUACAAGUUGCGCAAUAUCAAGGCGAUAAAGUGUGUAACGUGAACUUUGUGGAAAUAUUACUUUCAAAAGAACCCAUUAUUGUAUUCCACACUUGUUUCUCCAGUUAACAAUACCUUUUGUUGAAGAAACGGUCAAAAGAAAUAUGCACAAGGUGUACCUCCUCGUUUUGUUUUUAUUUGCCUCCGUCUGCUCUGAGUCGCAGUUGCGGGAGACUGAGACAUGGAUGCCCAUGAAGACGACCCAAGCCAUAUCUCAUGACGAGCUCGUCUCGUCUGGAGACUCCGCCAACGGCUCCGACUUUGGCUUCCCCGAUGAGGAGCACGACACAUUUGACAACGAGGACGAGACGGACGACGAUGAGGAUUAUGACGACUUCUCUGGCUCUGGAGACGGAGUACCAACUAUAACAAUCAAAAACGACAAUACCAUGAAGUCAAAGCCUUAUAUGAACGACAACAAGAUUACAGACCUGAGGCCCAAACCCACAGUUAAUGAGAUCCAAUUGGUCCAGAACAAUGAAGUGUCAGUGCGGGGUUCUCCCAAGCCUGAGGAGCACCCAUCAAACGUACUGAUGGCCCAUGCAGGGGAGGAGAGCAUCUUCAACAAGACUGAGGUCCUAGCAGCUCUGAUUGCUGGUGGAGCAGUGGGGCUGCUCUUUGCUGUCCUCCUCAUCCUCCUGCUCGUCAACCGCAUGAAGAAGAAGGACGAAGGCAGCUACGACCUGGGAAAGAAGCCCAUCUACAAAAAGGCUCCCACCACAGAGAUCUACGCAUAAAGCCCACCUUCGCCGGGCCGCGUGCUUGCUCUCCAGUACCUCUCGAAAGCAAACCUCUCCUCUUGUCUGCUUUCUGCGCAGCUGGGAAGUCCCGGAGGGAGAAACUAUCACAAACAAAAAAACUGCUUCUCUUCUUCCAUUAGUUCUAAAAUGGUUCAUUUUGAAUCGGAAGCAACACUUUAUUAACUAUCCGUUAAUAGGAAGAGGAUCAUUUCAGCUGCCAAACAAUGCAGUACAAUAUUUUUUUAUUUAGCUUUUCUUGCCCAUGUAAAUACAUUUCCCUCCCACCUUCUCUGUUUAAUGACACUAACAAGGUGAAUGAGAACUUCACACUCAGUGAGGUGACAUGGUACAAAUAUUGGUACAGCUAUUUAUUUUCCUCCCUCCUACUCUAACCUUGGUACCCAUUCUUGUGUCGAUACUGGUAUUACAGGAGUCUGUCACUGUUGCAUUUUAUAUAUACAGUGCAUUCAGAAAGUAUUCAGACCCCUUGACUUUUUCCAAAUUUUGUUACGUUACAGCCUUA